GACCGACAGUGUUCCUUUGCAUGGUCCUCUUGGCCUCUGGCAACAAAAGCAGAAUAUGUUUUCCAGGCCAAUGCGGCUCAAUUGCCGCUCUGUGCCGCGAGCACUCUCCAAGUUUUCCCGUCCGCACUAUCCUUCGUAUUCCGCACGGUUCAAUUCCUCUGAUGCAGCAUCUACGGCGAAGAAGGAGGCUGAAAGCGCUGCUGUGGGGGCGGCAACGGCCAUCACAGCAACUAGCGCCGCCAAAAAAGUUGCGCCGAGGAAGCGCCGGCUACGAAGGAUAAUGUGGAUGACGGCGGCGGUGUUGGGGAUGGGGUGCGGAUAUGUCUACUUGACAGAUACGAGGGCGAGUGCACAUCGGUAUUUGGUGCCGCCACUGAUUAGGUGGAUGUUCCCGGAUGCGGAAGAUGCUCACCAUGUGGGCGUGGACAUGCUGAAGAACUUGUAUCGGUUCGGCUUGCAUCCGCGGGAGAGGGGAAAUCCGGACGGUGAUGGGAAGUUGGUUACUGAGGUUUUCGGGUAUUCUCUCUGCAAUCCAAUUGGCAUCUCCGGUGGUUUAGAUAAAGAUGCUGAAAUUCCCUGCCCGCUGUUUAACCUCGGUCCUGCCAUCGUGGAGGUGGGCGGAUGUACGCCAUUACCACAAGAAGGAAACCCUAAAGUCCGAGUAUUCCGUAUCCCCUCUCAGAAUGCCUUAAUCAACCGAUACGGACUCAAUUCUAAAGGAGCGGAUCACAUGGCGUCCGUGCUGGACAAACGAGUGCGCGAAUUUGCCUACGCGAACGGAUAUGGAUCAUCCGAAGCUGGGGAACAAAGGGUGCUAGAUGGAGAAGCUGGCGUGCCACCAGGCAGCCUUACGCAUGGCAAACUGCUGGCGGUACAGAUCGCGAAGAACAAAACGACACCAGACAAUGACAUCGAGGCGAUCAAGAGAGAUUACGUAUACUGUGUGGAUCGAUUAGCCAAAUACGCGGACAUCCUCGUCGUCAACGUGUCGAGUCCAAACACACCUGGCUUGAGGGAUUUACAGCGCGUUGAGCCCUUGACGAAGCUACUUCAAGGAGUUGUUGAAGCGGCGCAUAAAACAAAUCGACGUACAAAGCCAUAUGUGAUGGUCAAGGUUAGCCCCGAUGAGGACAGCGAAGAGCAGGUGAAUGGCAUCUGCGACGCAGUUUGGGCAUCUGGUGUCGAUGGUGUUAUCGUCGGAAACACUACCAACCGCAGACCGGACCCGUUGCCAAAGGGCUACCAACUGUCCGUGCAGGAACAGACUACACUUCAAGAAACCGGAGGAUUUUCGGGCCCUCACUUGUUUAAUCGGACAGUAGCGCUUGUAUCAAGAUAUCGAAACAUUCUUGAUAGACACCCUGCGCGAGGGGGUCAACCGGGAACCGCUAGUGAUGGAACCGUGGCGGAUGAGGGUGCUCCAAUAGAUAUCGCUUCACCGCCAGCUAGAGCUGAUCUUCAGCCGGCGAAGGUCCUGUUUGCAUCCGGCGGUAUUACGAAUGGCAAACAGGCGCAGGCGGUCCUCGAUGCGGGUGCUAGUGUUGCCAUGCUCUACACAGGACUGGUUUACGGAGGAAGCGGGACGAUCACACGAAUGAAACAGGAGAUGCGAGAAAUUAAAGAGAAAAAGAGCGAGUAAUUACAGUGCAGCAAUACAUAUGUAAUCAAGCUGUGGAUCAGCGAACAGGAGGAGAUAAAAAGAGUGAAAGAAAGGUUAUACAUACUCUGGCUCUGUAGACCAAGACGAAAAAAAGGCAUCUUAAUCUUUCUGUUAUGGAGUAGGGAGAAUCUGUUUUGUGUGAAUGAACUAUUAUAGUU